AUCAUAUUGUUUGUAGAUAUCGAUACUUGCAAAAGCUGCUGGUCCGAAAUUGUACAAAAUUUGAAUUAAACUUUUAAUAUAUAAAGAAACUUAGCGCAAACGGCAGCGCCAGCACGAGUUCAGUUGUUUUCACGCAGAAAUAAAUUAGAUAGCCAGAAAAAUGUUCGGUGGACAGCAGCCAAUACUCGUGUUGAGUCAAAACACAAAGAGAGAAUCGGGCCGCAAAGUGCAGUUGGAGAACAUACAAGCCGGAAAGGCCAUCGCCGAUGUGAUACGUACAUGCCUGGGACCCCAGGCCAUGCUGAAGAUGCUGAUGGACCCAAUGGGCGGUAUAGUUAUGACCAAUGAUGGCAACGCCAUUCUGCGCGAAAUCACUGUGCAGCAUCCGGCAGCCAAGAGCAUGAUCGAAAUCGCCCGCACACAGGACGAGGAAGUCGGCGAUGGCACCACAUCGGUCAUCGUUCUUGCCGGCGAAAUGUUGGCUGCCGCCGAGCCCUUCCUCCAGCAACAGAUCCACCCCACUGUGAUCAUCCGAGCUUACCGUGAGGCCCUUGAGGAUAUCGUCGGUCACUUGCAAUCGCAGUUGAGCGUCCAGCUAGACGUCAAGGACAAGGCUAAGAUGGCCGAGGUGGUCAAGGCCUGCGUGGGCACCAAAUUCAUUGGCAAAUGGUCCGACCUGGCCGUGAAGAUCGCUUUGGAUGCCGUGGAGACGGUGACGCUCAAUGAGAACGGACGUCUGGAGGUGGACAUUAAGCGGUAAAUAGACCAAUUACCGUCUAUGCAAAAGGUGGAGAAGAUUCCCGGUGGCGCCAUCGAGGAGUCGUGUGUGCUGAAGGGCGUUAUGAUCAACAAGGACGUGACUCACGCCAAGAUGCGUCGCCAUAUUGAGAACCCCCGCAUCGUUUUGCUAGACUGCUCGCUGGAGUACAAGAAGGGCGAGAGCCAGACCAACGUGGAGAUCAUCGGGGAGCAGGACUUUACCCGCAUGCUGCAGAUCGAGGAAGAGUUUGUUCAGCGCAUCUGCGCAGAUAUCAUUGCUGUGAAGCCGGAUCUGGUCUUUACCGAGAAGGGUGUCUCUGAUCUCGCCCAGCACUACCUUCUGAAGGCUGGCAUCACCGCCAUCCGCCGGCUGCGUAAGACCGACAAUCUCCGUAUUGCUCGUGCCUGUGGAGCUACCAUUGUGAACCGCACAGAGGAGCUGACCGAGAAGGAUGUAGGCACGGGAGCUGGCCUAUUUGAGGUCAAGAAGAUCGGCGAUGAGUACUUCACCUUUGUGACAGAGUGUAAAGAGCCCAAGGCCUGCACGAUUCUGCUGCGCGGUGCCAGCAAGGACAUCCUGAACGAAACCGAGCGUAAUCUUCAGGACGCCCUUCAUGUGGCCCGUAACUUGGUGUUGGAGCCGCGUUUGGUGGCUGGAGGCGGAGCCGUGGAGAUGGCUGCUUCCCAACUGCUUUCCCGAAAGCAAGUCAAGGGACCAUACACGGCGGUGGCCCACGCCUUGGAGAUCAUACCGCGUACGUUGGCCCAGAACUGCGGCGCCAACACGAUCCGCGCCCUCACCGCCCUGCGCGCCAAGCACGCCUCCCACACUGGCGAUGGCGUAUGCGCAUGGGGUAUUGACGGCGAGUCUGGAGAGAUCGUGGACAUGAACGUGAAGAACAUCUGGGAGCCACUGGCCGUAAAGCUGCAGACCUACAAGACCGCUGUGGAGACGGCCAUCUUGCUGCUGCGUAUCGACGAUAUUGUCUCUGGAUCGAAGAAACGCGGCGGCAACGAGCCCACCAACCCAGCUGCCAUGGCCCAGGGUCAGGAGUAGUAGCCUGCGAUCAACCACGUGUAUUAAUAAUGCUUACUAUCCUUUAAUUUUUAAUUUAACACACAAACGAAAAAAAAAAAAAAUCCCACACACGCCACCCCGAAUGUUUAACAUUUAGCUUGGGCCAGGCAAUGCUGGCUUCUCUGGAAGGAAGAAACGCAUCCGCGGGCCGCCUACACACAAAUUCUGAUGCAUUUGCUCUCAUUAACAGUACACAAAUAAAAUUGUUAAAACUCAUAA